AUGUUAAAAAUUUGGUCUAUGAAACAAAAACAGCAACAAGCCGAAAAUGCCGAUGGAGGUGCUGCAAAGAAGAAGAAAGUCACCGCCGCUCAGUUGCGUGUCCAGCGAGAUUUACAAGAACUCUCCCUCGGCUCAACCAUGAAAAUGACCUUCCCAAAUCCCGACGACAUCCUAAACUUCACCCUAACCAUCGAACCCGACGAAGGCAUGUACAAAGGCGGCAGCUUCAACUUUACGUUUAGUAUCAAUCAAAAUUUCCCGCAUGAUCCGCCAAAAGUGAAAUGUACACAGAAGAUAUACCACCCAAACAUCGACCUGGAGGGAAAUGUGUGUCUGAAUAUUUUGAGGGAAGAUUGGAAACCAGUGUUGAAUCUGAAUGCGGUGAUUGUGGGCAUGCAGUUUUUGUUUUUGGAGCCGAAUGCUUCGGAUCCUCUUAAUAAAGAGGCUGCGGAGGAUUUGAGGCUCAAUAGGGAAGGGUUUAAAAAGAAUGUUAAGAAUUCGAUGGCGGGUGGGAGUGUGAAGGGGGUUUCGUUUGACCGUGUUUUGCGAUGA